AUGAAAUCGAUUUAAAUUCACUCAAUGAAUUUGAAUAAGCAAAUAGAUUAAUAAUUAGUACAAUUACAGGAAAGCAUUGGUAAAAAGCUUUAGCUUUAAAAGAAAUUACUUUAUAAGAAUUGUAAAAUAUUAAUUAUGAAUUUAUUAAUAUUAUUAAAAAUUCGUAAUUUAACAAGCAAAAUAAUUAAUGAUACAUACAUAUUAUACUUAAAGAUUUAAGAGAGAUAUUAACAGAUCCUGUAUAAAUGGAAUAAUCAAUGCAAAUUAUUAGAUCUCAAUUUGAUUUUGUAAAUCUAUUCUAAGGACAAUAUCUGA